UGUCAUUUGACUGGUGAAAGUCAACCAAAACUUUGUGAUUGUUUUGUUUAUAUCGGAUCAAUGAACCAGUUUCAAACAAUUUCAAAUAAUUUGUAUUAUCUCUAUUAAGAAAACAAAAAUUUAAGCUAACAAUGGAGGUAGAAGUGGAGUUUCUAGAAGUCAAUGCAUGUGUGGUUUGCCUGCAUGAAAAGCUCAGUUUGCUGGCGGUGCAAUUCGACGAACAAAAAGGUUCGACAAUGGGUUCUAUUCUGGUGCAGCAUUUAUGGUUUCAGGCUGAAGAACUUCAUAACAAACACAUCUGCGAGGAAUGUUGGAAUCAAGUACAUCAAUUUCACAUAUUCUACACCAAUAUGCAGAAAAUGCACGUCGAUUUGAAAGCUUCGACAGGAACUGUUGAAUUCGUGGGGUCCUUCAAAGCAGAGCCAGUAUCUUUCCAUUCAGAAUCCAAUGAAACAUAUUUACCAGAAUAUACACAGCCACAAUGUACUAAUCUUAAACAAGAAAAUCUUGAAGUUAGGAUUAGAAGUGACGAACAGGAUGAUGAGGAAAACGACGAUGAGGAUCAAAACACGCAAUGUGAAGUGCUCGAGCUGGAACACGAAGAAGUAAAUGAAAACAUGGGACACUCAGAUUAUGAACCGAAUAUGUCGAAGUCCGAAUCGGAAAGUUCUGAGGACUACAACUCCAAUACUGAGACAACCAAGAAGUCACCGAAAAAAGUUCGCAAAAAGCAACAAACUAAGAAAUUGUCGAAAACUGUUCGAAAUUACAACAAACCCGCUGAGCAAACCGAAGAAGAGGAUAGGAAAAUAAGCGAUCACUGUAAGUUGCAAUGUACGGAGUGUGACAUAUCGUUUCCCAGAUUUUCCGAUUACAAACAACAUGCUCGCAAAAUUCAUCAGAUCGCACAUCCGGUAGUGAUUUGCUGUGAACGUAGGUUCAACAAACGAAUUAAGCUUUUCGAACAUGCCACCAAGCAUAUGGACCCGGAAGCAUUCCGGUGUACAAUUUGCGAAAAAUCCUACUGCAAUAGUCUCAAUCUGAGACUGCACAUGUUGAGGCAUAACUCGCCGGAUGCGAUGGAGCAUAAGUGCGACAAAUGCGACCGUUCGUUUGCAAAGAGAUAUCAGCUGACAGCGCACCAGCAGACUCACGUACCGGAAGAGGAGCGCAAGUUUAUGUGUAGUACCUGCAGUAAGACUUUUGCUACAAAAUAUGCAAUGCAACAGCAUGUUAACCGAGUGCACCUGAAACAGCUGCAUUUCACCUGUGAUACCUGUGCAAAAUCGUUCUACUGCAAACAAGCGUUGCAAGUUCAUCAGAGAACGCAUGACGAAACUUUACCCUCGGAGAAAAUUCAAUGUGCUGACUGCGGAUCCUGGCACAAACAUAUGGAGGGGUUGAUGAAACACCGCAAACGGCACCACCAGCAGGAAGAGAAGCUGUAUCCGUGUCCGGACUGCGGCAAGGUGACUCGCAGUUUGCCCGCCUUGAGAAGUCAUCAGAGCUACAAUCACAAAAUGGAAUCGAUUUACAAGUGCAGCAUUUGCGGAAAGGCGUUUAAGCGGCCAAAGGACUUUAAGGAUCACAUGGCCACCCACACGGGGAUGCCAUUGCACAAGUGUACCUACUGUGAUAGGCAGUUCAAUUCUGCGUCCAAUAUGUUUUCACAUCGAAAGCGCGAACACCGGCUUCAAUGGGAGGCGGAUCAGAGGUUGAAUAUUAAGAGCGAAUAGACUGGAAUUAAAAAAAAAAAGUUUUUGUUUUUCAACCAAAGUUGAAUUUACCGCGCUGUAGUAUACACUGAAAAGUUAAAAACCUGAAAACUUAAUCUUGUGAGAGCUCUCCCUCCACGUUACCGAUUGGUCUCUAUUCCGUGAAGACUUUGGAUUGCUAAUCAAGAAACAGUUUUAUCGGCUUGAAUAUUAUUUAUCUUGUAUCGAUUUGCGUUACAGUAUGAGGAAAGCUGGUUUAAUCCAAGCGGAAACAGAUAAGGGUAGAUGAGGGGAAACGGAUAGGGGUGUGUCUUGCUUUUCUGUAAAUACAUUUCGUUUCCAAAUUAUAGUGCAUUUCUCUUUCCUUCUUGAGUAUCCGAAACACACAUACUCUUCGAAAAUAGUUCACCCACUUCUUUAGGUGAUCCAAAAUGUCUCCAUUAUUAUGUUUGGAUUUUGCGAUGUUUGUCCGUUAAGCAAAUAUUAACCUUUCAAUUUGUUACCCUAAAUUUACCUCGUUUCUGUUGAGUACAACAACCGAGGUGUUACUGGCACAUAGUGUUAUUUUAUAUUUAAUAAUACAGGUUAUCUUCGAUAUAGCGUACCCUUGAUAUAGCGAAUUCGAUAUAACGUACAUUUUGCUUCAAUAUAACAUACAACAUUGAAAAAUUUCAUUUUUUCAGCAAUAAUCCCCAGAUAAACUACGAAAUCACUCGAAUCAAUAUUUUGUUACAGCGUUUACCCUUUUACCCAAAUCCAUUACCACUAGCAUAAAAAUAUUAAAUUUGUUUUUGUUUCGAUAUAACGUAC